AUGGGCAGAGGAGAGCCGUUGGGAGCACCUCUAAAGGUCAAACAUCUAUCUAAAGACUUACAGAUCAUCUCCACCAAACCCAAGGCCCCGCUCCUGGCUCAGUCUGGGCCCUUCGGCUGGCCCCAGAACCUGUCCCAAACCGUGGACCAGUUCCUGUACCGCACCGCCCCCAAAGCCAAAGCCCCCGGCCCCGUGGGCAGGCCGGCGCCCAAGGCCAAGAAGGUCUUGGGCUGGGGCGACUUCUACUUCAACGUGAAGACGGAGAAGUUCAGCCUCCUGGUGACGGGGAAGAUCGUGGACCACAUCAACGGGACGUUCAGCGUGUACUUCAGACACAACUCGUCCCGCCUGGGGAACAUCACGGUGAGCAUCGUGCCCCCGUCCAAAACCGUCAGCUGGGACCCGGACCCCGGGGACCGGCCUGGGACCGCCGCCUUCGCCGGUCACCAGCCGUUUCUGGUUCCAGAGUCCCAGGUCCGGGGGCCUCCGCAGACCACGGCCACCGGGACCCGGCCGGACCAGCAGCAGCAGCAGCAGCAGCAGGAGGUGGUGAUGGUGAUGACAGAGCUCAACUGCCGGGUGGAGUACCAGAGGACCAACCGGUCCAAGAAGACCAAGCCGUGCCUCUACGACCCGGGUCAGGUGUGCUACUCGGAGAACACCCAGUCGCAGGCGGCCUGGAUCUGCGCCAAGCCCUUCAAGGUCAUCUGUAUCUUCAUCGCGUUCACCGGCACCGACUACAGGCUGGUGCAGAAAGUUUGUCCGGACCAUAAUUUCCAGACGGACCAGAACCAGCAGAACGUAGGAUGA